GCCAGGAGACGCACCGCCAUGACGACCCCUGGACUCGCCCGCAGCACCGCGCACGCCGCCGUCGUCGCCGUCCUCGCCCUGGCCUGCCUCGCCCGCGGCCAGGUGUUCCAGCAGCAGGGCUUCCAACGCGGCGCGCAGCGGCUCGGCUCGCCGAGGCAGCAGCAGUCGUUCGGCAGCUUCGCCGAGCCGCAGUUCCAGAGGCAGCAGCAGCCGCAGUUCCAGCAGUUCCAGAGGCAGCCGGAGUUCCAGAGGCAGCAGCAGCAGCAGUUCCAGCAGCCGCUCCAGCAACAACAGUUCCAGCAGUUCCAGCAGGCUAGUGGCUUCAGCUGCCCCGAGCGCAACGGCUACUUCGCCAACUCGCGCCAGUGCGACGCGUACUACAAGUGCGAGAACGGCGUGGCCAAGGAGGAGCUGUGCCCGGACGGGCUGCUGUUCAACGACAAGAACAGCCCCUUCAGCUACCCGUGCAGCUACCCCAACGAGGUGCAGUGCCUGACGCGCUCCGCCGUCCAGCCGGCCCAGCCCACCGAGGACUGCCCCCACCAGUACGGCUACUACGCGCUGGGCGACGCCGCCAACUGCGGCAAGUUCAUGAACUGCGCGGCCGGGCGCGGCUACGUGUUCGACUGCCCCGACGGGCUGGCCUUCAACCCGGAGACCUACCACUGCGACUGGCCCGACCAGGUGGCGUCCUGCGACGCGGAGGCGUUCCUGCAGUUCCGCUGCCCCGAGGAGCCCCUCCUGUUCGGCCAGCGCCCCGCCGAGACCCGCCUCCUGCGCUCCAACACUGACUGCGAGCACUACUUCGCGUGCGUCAACGGCAGGCCCAGGCGGUACAACUGCGGCGAGGGGAACGCCUUCAGCGAGGAGCUCGGCCACUGCGACGUCGCCGAGAACGUGACGGGAUGCGCCCCAGCCUUCCGCAGCGGAAACGACUUCAGGCAGACCCGGUUGUUCUGAUUUGGGCGUGUACACCAGCUCCAACCACCAAUGGACAUCGUUGCCCUACAUGAUAAUACAAACUGUGAUUAGUUAUCGAUAUAUCGUUAAGUGUAAAUUUUAAGUGAUCUGUAUUGUAAGAAAGUAUAUUUUAAUUCAAACAA